AAGGACUGCGCAGAGUCGGAAGUGGAUAUCAAAGGGCAACAAAUGCACGUGUUUUAAAAAGCUGUCUGCUCGAUUUAUCACGUAGUCAACAGUAGCAUUGGAAUGUGGUUCGUGGGUUGACUUUAAAUGAACAAGACAAUGUCGUCAAAUCCUAGAGAAAGCACUGUCGAUGUUGUCGUCAUUGGUGCAGGGAUUUCAGGCCUUGCUGCAGCAAAAUGUCUCCUGGAUGAUGGAUUUAAAGUGACAGUUUUGGAGAGAUCAGGCGACAUUGGUGGACUGUGGACUUACAGAGAAAAUGACUAUGGCGUUAUGCGAUUUACUCACAUCAAUGUAUCCAAGCACAACUACUGCUUCUCAGACUUUCCGUUUCCGGAUGAUGUUCCGGACUAUCCACACAACAAGGACAUGGCAAAGUACAUCAAGGACUACGCUGCUCACUUCAAAUUACAGGAGCACAUCAAGUUCUUUACCAAAGUGAAGGGAUUGGAGAAAACAGAAUCUUCAGAGAAGGGCACUUUAUGGAAGGUGCAUUGUCAGAGAGUAGAAGAUGAUGGAAAAACUGUCAAGUCUCCAGAGGAGGAGGAGAUAAUCACAGCACGAUAUGUGGCCAUUGCAACUGGACAUCAUGCUAGUCCAGUGGAUCCAAAGUUUAGGGGCGAAGAGACUUUUAAAGGAGAGAUUAUUCACAGUGUGAAAUACAAGGAUGUAAUCUAUAAUGGCAUGGAGGGUAAGAAAGUCCUGAUCAUAGGAAUAGGGAACAGUGCGGUGGAUGUAGCCGUCAACUGUGCUAGCCAAGGAAGGUGUGAAUCAGUCUAUAUAAGUACAAGAUCUGGAGCCUGGGUAGUUCCUAACUAUCUGUUUGGACUUCCAACUGAUUUGUAUGCAUGUAGAGCUUUCUUCUACAUCCCAUGGAAGGUGGGAUCGGCAAUAUUUGAGAAUAUUGUGAAACUUAUUUCUGGACCUCCAAAAAGGUGGAACCUGAACCCUAAGAUGAGGCUCCUUCAGACUCAGCCAACGGUCAGUCCCUGUUUGAUCCAUCACAUCCAGAGACAUGACAUCCGAGUGGUGUCCAAUGUUCAGAGCAUUGAGGGGUCGAAGGUCACAUUUGUGGAUGGCCAAUCAGCUGACUUCGAUGUUAUUGUGAAGUGUACAGGGUACAAGAUUGAUCUCCCCUUUUUGAGCGAGGACCUAAAGAGAAUCAUUUUAGAUGAGGAUUCAAAUUCCAUAAGACUUUACAAGAAUGUCUUUAACCCAGAAAUCGGCCAUUCUUUGGCAUUCAUUGGUUUUGCCCAGCCUGCAUCAGGAGGACUUCUGUCCAUGUCUGAAAUUCAGGCCAGGUGGUUCACAGAGCUUGCCAGAGGGCGCUGUAGUCUGCCUACACCGCUCACCAUGAAGGAGGACAUACGGGAAGAUGAGGAAAAAGUGAGAUCCAGGUAUUAUCAUUCCAACAGACAUACAAUUCAGAAAGAUCCUAUUCUGUACAAUGAUGAUAUAACAUCCAUGUUUGGUGCUAAGCCAGAGCUUCUGAAGAAUCCAACACUAGCGUGGAGACUUCUCUUUGGGUCUUGUGGCACCUAUCAGUGGAGACUGCAAGGGCCAAAUGCCUGGAGUGGUGCUAAAGAGGCGGUGCUUAAAGUCCCAGUCACAGGGAUGUGGCACUACACCGGUGUGGCUUUGGUGGUGCUCGUAGGAUUAUGGCUGUUGUACAUCCUGUCAUUUUUGUUUUGACUGUAAUACAUGUAUCAGUGCUACCCCUCAGAUCAAUGGAGACACUGAGUUGUUAGCAAUGACAAUGAACUGUGAUAAAACAUGUGCAAUAUACCGGUAUCAUUAUAAACUAAUAUGCAGGAACUGAGUCAUUUACAGUUGUUUAUUUUUUUCAAUCUAUCUAUUAGUCAUAAUAAAUCUUUUCAAGAAUUUA